AUUCCUUUAUACUAUUGAACUGAAGUCGGCACGGUUGCAGCUUUUCCGAAAAGAAAAAUAAAACGUAAAAAUGGUUGACAAGUUCAUAGGGACAUGGCGAAUUCAGUCAAGCGAGAACUUCGAUGAAUACAUGAAGGCUUUGGGUGUGGGUUUUGCCACCCGUCAGGUGGGGAAUAUGGCCAAACCAAACCUGACGUUCUGCGUAGACGAUCAAGGAGUCAUUUGUAUGAAGUCUCAGAGCACAUUUAAAACCACUGAAGUCAAAUUCAAGCUGAAUGAAGAAUUCGAUGAGACCACUGCGGACGACAGAAAGACAAAGAGCGUAGUAUGCAUUGACAACGGGAAACUUGUGCAGAAACAGUCCUGGGAUGGCAAAGAAACAACACUAGAGCGAGAAGUGAUCGACGGAAAAUUGAUAGCGAAAUGUACGAUGGGUAAAGUUGUGGCAGUGAGAACAUAUGUCAAGGAGGCUUGAUGCCGUUUGGCCCUUGUGACGGCUGAAUUUGAAGACGCCCGGCUCAGUUCAAUGAGCAAAAGACUAAAAAUGGCUGCUUGUGUCUCGCUUAUUUUGUAACACCAAAGCAAAUGUAUGCCCUGUAUUUUGAGAUGAUUCCUGAAGUAUUAACAUCUUGUGGUGCUUUAAUAAAAUUUGAAAACUGUU